UUACUGGGCAGCUGCCUCUCCUCGCAGCCUCGACAUGGAGUCGUACCUGAUCCACGUGAACGGGCACGGGGACCGUCCCGCCGUCCUGGACGUCCACGUCAACAUCGGCGGCGGUGGCCCAGCCCCGGGCAAGGGGAAGGGCCGGAAACCGCGGUGGGCAGUGAGGGCCUCUGAGAUGUCCAAGAAGACCUUUAACCCCAUCCGCGCCAUCGUGGACAGCAUGCGGGUGGAGCCCAACCCCCAGAAGCCCAUGAUCUCUCUGUCCAUCGGUGACCCCACAGUGUUCAGGAACCUGCCCACGGACGACGAGGUCACCCGGGCGGUAAAGGAGGCCCUGGACUCGGGGCGCUACAAUGGCUAUGCCCCCUCGGUCGGGUACCUGUCCUGCCGGGAGGUCAUUGCUGCCUCCUACAGCUGCCCAGAAGCACCUCUGAAAGCCCAGGACGUCAUCCUGACCAGCGGCUGCAGCCAGGCCAUCGAGCUCGCCUUGGCGGUGCUGGCCAACCCAGGCCAGAACAUCCUGGUGCCCCGGCCCGGCUUCUCGCUCUACAAGACGCUGGCGCUGUCCCUGGGCAUCGAGGUCAAGUUCUACAACCUCCUGCCUGAGAAGUCCUGGGAGAUCGACCUGAAGCACUUGGAGUCGCUGGUGGACGAGAAGACGGCCUGCCUCAUCGUGAACAACCCGUCCAACCCCUGCGGAUCCGUCUUCAGCAAGAGCCACCUCCAGAAGAUCCUGGCAGUGGCCUCAAGGCAGUGUGUCCCCAUCCUGGCCGAUGAGAUCUACGGUGACAUGGUGUUUGCGGACUGGAAGUACGAGCCCAUCGCGGCACUCAGCACCAAUGUGCCCAUCCUGUCCUGUGGGGGCCUGGCCAAGCGCUGGCUGGUGCCUGGCUGGAGGAUGGGCUGGAUCCUUGUCCACGACCGGAGAGACAUCUUUGGGAAUGAGAUCAGGGACGGGAUCCUGCGGCUGAGCCAGCGCAUCCUGGGGCCCUGCACGCUCGUCCAGGGUGCCCUGGAGCACAUCAUGCGGCACACGCCGGCCGAGUUCUACCACAACACGCUCAGCUUCCUCAAGGCCAACGCUGACCUGUGCUACACGGCCCUGUGUGCUGUGCCCGGCCUGCGGCCCAUCCGGCCUGCAGGGGCCAUGUACCUCAUGGUGGGGAUCGAAAUGGAGCAUUUCCCCGAGUUUGAGAACGAUGUGGAGUUCACGGAGCGGCUGAUCGCAGAGCAGUCGGUGUUCUGCCUGCCCGCCACGUGCUUCGAGUACCCCGGCUUCUUCCGCGUGGUGAUCACGGCGCCCGAGGAGAUGAUGCUGGAGGCCUGCGCCCGCAUUCAGGAGUUCUGCGAGCGGCACUACCAGGGCAGCGAGGUGGCCCAGGACCUGGAGUGCGACAAAUAGCUGAGCACAACUUGCCCCUACCUCCAUCCAGCCGUGCCCCAUGCAGCACCAGCACCCCACCACCCCUCGCCUGGAGCAGGCUCCUGUCUGGCCGCUGCCCUGACUGGUCCUCAGCAUCACAGGCAGCAAGCACUUGGUGCUGCCGCCUGCAGCCCCUCCACCCCUCCUGGAGCCCGUGUGCGGGCUUGUGCCACUCAGCCCCCCACCCCUCCCUCGCACGGGGAGGCGUCACCUGCUGCUCUGCUCCUCGGGGUUGGGCUCCACGCAUGGCAACAGCUUCCCGCUCCCUGCCCCUCGCAGCUCCGCUCAGUCUUGAGCUGGACUCUGCCCGACAGGCCCGUGCCAGCCCCCAGCGCUCAGCCCCUCCCUCAGGCCAGGGCAGGGCUGGACAGUCGGGCAACAGCCCCUUCUCCAUCUCUGCCUGACGCUGCCCACUGCAGCUGCUGGUCUUGUCUUCUCCAGCACCAUCCUCACCUGAGCACCAUCCACUGUGCCUUUUGAGCUGCAAAUGACAUAAGUUAUUGUGACUUUUUGUACGAAUAAAGGUUCUGACAAGCUG